AUGACGCCUCUAGAUAAAGGAAGUGAUGUCAUCCAACAAUCGCCUGCUCCCUCGUCCGAAGCGUCGUCUCAGCUUGACGAUACCUAUGAAGCCUACAAGAACAACCAAGGAGCCGAUGUUGAUCCAGCAGAAGCAAAGAAGACGCUGAGAAAGAUCGACUUCCGGAUAGUUCCAAUUCUUUUCUUCACAUACCUGCUUCAGUACCUCGACAAAAAUGGAAUCAACUAUGCAUCCGCUUUUGGGCUACAGGAGGGUACGAACUUGAAGGGGCAGGACUACUCAUGGCUAGGCAGUAUCUUUUACUUUGGCUAUCUUGCCGGCCAGUACCCGGCAGGCUACUUGUUGCAGCGUCUACCCAUGGCCAAGUUCCUCGGUUUUUGCACUCUUGGCUGGGGUGUCAUUCUCAUGACCACUCCUGCAUGUCAUAACUUUGCCGGCAUGGCUGCAAACCGCUUUCUGCUCGGCCUACUCGAAGCCACGGUGAAUCCCGGCUUUGUCCUGAUCAUGAGCAUGUGGUACACCUCAGCUGAGCAACCUCUUCGACUGGGAGCGUACUACUGCACUAACGGCAUUGCAACCAUGUUCGGCGGCCUGAUUGGGUAUGCAGUGGGCCACAUCAAGACGGGCUUGCCGCGGUGGAUGUAUGUGUUUUUGAUCUUCGGAUCAGCAAGCACCGUGAUGGGCGUCGUGAUUCUACUCUUCCUGCCGGACCUGCCGACUACAGCGAAGUUUCUCACUGAGAGGCAGCGCGGGAUUGCCGUAGAUCGCGUCUCGGGGAACAGACAGGGGGUGAAGAAUAAACACUUCAAGGUCUAUCAAGCGUGGCAGACGUUGUAUGAUCCUAAGACCUGGAUCUUGUUUGUGAUGGCUAUUGGCGCUCAGAUCCCGAAUUCUGCUUUGACGACAUUCAGCUCCAUGAUUAUCAAAUCCUUCGGCGUCGAUACUCUCGGAACACAGUACUUGCAGAUCCCCGGCGGCGCGGUGCAAUUCGUCUCGCUGCUCGCCGGAAGCUACAUCUGCACCCACUGGCCGAAUACGCGCUGUCUCAUGAUGACCAUCGCGAACGUGAUAUGUAUCAUCGGCGCCAGUCUGCUCGUCGCACUGCCAAACAACAACAAGUGGGGCCGACUUGUCGCGCUGUGGAUGUGCUACUUCCAGGGUCUUGGGUUCAGCAUGAGCUUGACCAUCGUCUCGAGCAACAUUGCUGGAUACACCAAGAAGCAACUAACAGGCGCGGCGCUGUUCACGGGCUACUGUGUGGGCAACAUCAUCGGCCCGCAGACAUUCAAGAGCAGCGAGGCGCCCCGGUACAGGUCUGCAUACGUUGCCAUGCUCAUCGGCUACAGUGUGAAGCUGAUCGCUGUUCUCGUGCUCUUUGCAUACAUGUGGUCGGUCAACAAGAAGCGCGACAGGGAGUCUGCAAGCGGUAUUCGGCUCACAGAUGAGGAGAUGAAGGCAGCGGUCGAAGCCGGAAUGCACGACGUUACUGAAAUCGACAACAAGGGCUUUCGAUACAUACUAUGA